UGUUUAACAAAUUGGAAAUUGACAAUUGGUUUUAAAAUGGGUAUCUGAGAAUCUGAGGAUGGGUUUAUGUGUGUGUAUUUUUUCAAAACGUUAAUAUGAGAUUCCUAGGUGUGUCUUAGUGUUCCCAAAAUACAAUUACAAAUACCCCAAUAAAUGAGACUAUGUCGUGGUUUUCUGUUUACACUCGGUUUCAGUGCCUCCGCGUAAAAAUUAGUUAAUAAAAAGUGUUGCACCUUAAUGAGGGUUAGAAGUAAUUCGGUGAUAAAAUAAAAUAAUUCAAAAUGUGGAAUAUGAUGUGUGAUGUGAUGCCGACUAUCUCGGAAGACAGUAUUAGUCAAAGAGGUUCGCAGUUUUCGGGAGAAGAUGCGAAUUUCGAGCAGCUUAUGGUGUCCAUGCUCGACGAAAGGGAUAAGUUAAUGGACAGUUUGAGGGAAACACAAGAAAGAUUAGGGGAGACUGAGCUUAAAUUGCAAGAUACUGAAAAAGAAAGGGACUCUUUGCAUAGGCAAAUAGCGGCAAAUCUCCCACAGGAAUUUGCUACGCUUACCAAAGAACUAAAUGCAGCGAGAGAACAACUCUUAGAACGAGAGGAAGAAAUCUCAGAAUUGAAGGCUGAACGAAAUAAUACAAGGUUACUAUUAGAGCAUUUAGAAUGUCUUGUAUCGAGACACGAGAGAUCUUUAAGAAUGACUGUUGUAAAACGUCAAGCAGCAGCUCAAUCUGGCGUUUCGAGCGAAGUGGAGGUCCUCAAGGCUCUCAAAAGCCUAUUCGAACAUCACAAAGCUUUAGACGAAAAGGUGCGUGAAAGACUGAGGGUAGCUUUAGAAAGAAAUUCCAGCUUAGAAGAAGAACUAGCAGCAACCAAAGAAGAACUACAACAAUAUAAGCAAGCUAAUGUACCUGCCACUGUUGAAAUACCCAAAGAAAAUGGACAAGUCGAUGUUGGGGACCAAGUUAUAUCUACUAAUAAUAAGCCAUCUUCGAAGCCACGUCUUGCCAACGGGGGAAUGGAGCCUGAUAGUGAAACUGCAGCUAGAAUUACUGACUUGCAGAUGGCACUGGAACAACAGACUGGAGAAAUAAGUACCUGGCAGCGUCGUGUAGCGGAAAUGCAGAACCGAGUAGCGGAACUGGAAGAGAACUUGUCGAAGGCACAAAAAGAUCUGUUGAAAGCACAAGACACCAAUUCUAAAUUACAAAGAGAUCUUAGAGAGAACGUGGCCCAAAAGGAAGACCAGGAAGAGAGAAUUGCCACGCUGGAGAAAAGAUACCUCAACGCUCAGAGAGAGUCCACUUCGUUACACGAUCUUAACGAGAAGUUGGAACAGGAGUUGCAGCAUAAAGAAGCUCAAAUUAAGUUACACGAAGAAAAGAUAGCAGCUAUCCAAGAAAAACUAGAACUAUCAGAACAAAAAUUAGCUCAAUACUCAAAAUUACCAGAAAUAGAGGAACAACUGAAGCAACGUAUGGAGGCGUUGACACAGGUGAGACCACAGGCUCAAGAAAGACAUGGAUCUGCAGAGGACCGAAUUCAAAGACUAGAAGCUAACUUAGACGAAAAAAACGCCGAAUUGAUCCGCCUCAACCAAAGACUAAAAAUGAACGAGGAACACAACUCGCGACUGUCAUCAACCGUAGACAAACUCCUUUCCGAAUCGAACGAAAGGCUACAAGAACAUCUCAAAGAACGAAUGCACGCUCUGCAAGAAAAGAACAGCCUCACUCAAGAUUUGGAAAAGACUAGGAAGAUGUUAGAAGAGUUGGACUGUCAAAAGUCGGAAAUUAUGAAAGAAUUAGCUAAAUCUAGGUUAGAAAUUGAUAACGUUAAAAGACAAAUGCUUCAGCAGGAAAUCGCCUACAAUAUCCAGCAGACCGACGCUCUCACUAGAUCGCUGUCACCGAACGCGGUAGAUCCGAGUAGUUUCUCUCGAAGCGCGAGUCAUUCCAGUUUCGACAGUCAUUCCUUGCCUCGUAGAGCAGCUAAGAGCCGAACCCCCAUCGACGAAGAACCAAAGAUACCGUUUGCUUCGCGAUCGAUGAGCGAGCAGGAAUGGGAGAAGUUGCAGCAGGCUCACGUGCUGGCCAACGUUCAACAAGCUUUCGAUGUAUCUAGCGACGCUGAAGGAGACGAUGCGGAGAGUAUUUUCAGCACGCAGGAUAUGUUAUCUCCGGGAGGUCACACCGACGCUCAAACUUUAGCUAUGAUGCUUCAGGAACAACUAGACGCCAUCAAUAACGAAAUUAGGCUAAUACAAGAAGAAAAGCAGAAUACAGAAGCAAGAGCGGAGGAAUUGGAAUCGCGCGUAGGAAGUAUGGAACACGUUAAUCUUUUAACACGAGGGAGAAGCAUGGAACGUCAAAGUCCACCUGUUAGCGGUAGAUCUACACCUAAAUCACACCAUUCACCACAAAGGGAUUAUCUUCAAAAAUACCACACCUUGCCACUAGAACCGAUGUCAUCCGAAUUAACAGCCGACGAUAUGUCUCUCGCGGAUGGUACUAAUGGCGGAGGAGCAUCACCACUCACGGCACGUCACUUAAGAUUGGAACGAGUAGCUCAAGCUCUGGCCCACAGUCAAGAGGAACUGCGAAGUAUGUUUAGGCAAGGACACACGCACACACCUCCAUCACCAUUGUCAUCUCGUCAUAGCAGCCAGGAGAGCCUUCACAAGAACGCCAUGUCGGGACUCUCAAGGGAUAUGUCGACGGCCGCCGCUGUAGCCGCUGCAGCCGCCGCGCAGAAGAAGAAAGGACUCAAAUCUUCGCUGGGAAGGUUCUUUAGCAAAAAAGAAAAGGUGAAAGGAAAAGAACCCACAGUAGUAGGACCCGAAAUAAAUUUAAAUUUAAGCCAAAGCAGUAUUGGAAUCUCAGACGGCGACUUUUGUGAUACGAUGAGCAUAUCUGGAAAACUUGGACAAAAACCUGAAUUCGAUAGAAGGCAGAAAAAGAAGGAUUUAGACUACAGACACGAAUUGUUAGCCGAAGCAAUGAAGGCCGGUACGCCGUUUGCGUUGUGGAAUGGACCUACGAUCGUAGCUUGGUUGGAAUUGUGGGUAGGAAUGCCCGCUUGGUACGUAGCUGCAUGUCGAGCGAACGUAAAAUCUGGCGCUAUUAUGAGCGCCCUUAGCGAUACGGAGAUCCAGAGAGAAAUAGGAAUUAGCAAUCCACUUCACAGGUUGAAGCUGCGUUUGGCAAUACAAGAGAUGGUAUCCUUAACAUCACCGUCAGCGCCAAAAACCUCCCGAACAACUUUAGCAUUUGGUGAUAUGAACCACGAAUGGAUCGGCAACUCUUGGCUUCCAGCACUAGGUCUUCCACAAUACAGGACUACCUUUAUGGAAUGCUUGGUCGAUGCCCGAAUGCUAGACCAUUUAACGAAGAAGGACCUAAGAGGACAAUUAAAGAUGGUCGAUGGAUUCCAUCGGACUAGCCUACAUUACGGCAUUUCAUGUUUGAAGAGGUUAAAUUUCGAUAGACACGCUUUAGAAGAGAGGAGAAAAAAUUGUGAGAAUACAUUAUCAGAUGUCAUAGUUUGGACCAAUGAGCGUGUGGUUAAAUGGGUAGCUUCUAUAGGUUUAAAGGAUUAUAGUAAUAAUUUAGAAGAGUCUGGUGUCCACGGUGCUUUGAUUGCUUUAGAUGAAAGUUUUGAUGCAGACAGUAUGGCGUUAGCUUUACAAAUUCCUACACAAAAUACACCGGCAAGACAAACCUUGAAAAUAGAAUAUACCAAUUUACUUCAUGUAGCGGCGGACCGAAAACCGCACGAUAUUCAAUCCUGAUAUGUUCCAUAGCUCUAAUAGGAUAAAAUAAAAAUGACCGUGUAGUGUUCCAUUGAUAAAAUAGUUGCAGCAAUGUGUGGUAUCACCUCAGUGUAAGCUAUCACUUUUGCGAGUGGUAUCGUUUUGUGAGUCACACCCUAGCGUGAUAUCACCCUUGAGAAUAUCUUUGUUUGUUGUAGCAAUGUGAGAAAAUUUCAGUUUGUGGUAUCACCUUCUGUAACCGCUUACAUCUUACCUGUGUGAUCUCACUUAUCGAGAAUAAGUCUACGAAGUGGUAUCAUAUCUGUGUCUAAUGCAUCACCGUCUCCGUCACGUACCAUCAGAAAUGGUAAUGCUAUGAAAAAAUAAACGGAGGUGAGAAGGAAAUCAAGAUAUGUGUAUGAAAUUGGUAAAUGAGCUUUAAUGAACUAAAAACCCUUAUAUCGUAAUUAAAUAACUCAUAGUAUUAUUAAUUGUACAUUAAAAUUGUUGUUUGUUGGGUUACCAGCGUUGAUAGGCCAGUAUUUCUAUAAGAGAUUUAGUAUGUGCAGCUUUAAUUAUGUUUUAAACAUUUUUACGCUAGAUAUUUAGACUGUACAGUCAAAAAUUAUUUUUUACAUUGAUUUUUAUUAAAAUCAUAGUCAUUUUUAUAUAAGGAAUGUAUUUACAUACACAUGGACGAAGGUCUUGGCGUGGGAAUAUUAUUCAGUCAUAUUUUUGUAACAAGUUACCAUCCCAAAUUAUACAUGAUUUUCGACGGUUUGGUAUACAUAAAAUAAUGUAAAAUUGUCAUUAAAACAAUAUCGUUUAUCCUGCGUUGUACUAUUCGAAAUCAAUGUUCAUAGUUGUGUUCUAUGAAUUCCAUGAUGACUUCGCCAACUUUACCUUUUGUGAAUUUUUAUCUCAAAAAGUUCAUAUUCAUUGAAAAUCAUGUUUUACGUCACUUUGACGUAUGUUUUUUGGUUAACAUUUGGGGACAUAGAAAUCCUAAGAAUAUGCUCUUCUUUUCUUUGACUUUACUAUAAUUUUAGUUGUUUUAAAUCUGCAGAAACCUGCCAGAUGGCGCUUAAGUCGGCAUUUUGAUCGUGGCUGAUGUUUUAUAACUUUAUGAACCAGUUGAGCAGAUUUUCCCACGCCAAGCCUCUCCAAAACCUACUUAAAAUUUUGUUUUUAUUUCUAUCGACUCUAUUAGCUAUUUUAUUUAUUUUUUUGAACAUGCGUACGUUGGCAUCUUAUUGCUAUAAUGGAUUUAGCAUUUUUAUUUUUUACAGAACUCUUUUGGCAACAAUCAUCAUAGCAUUUACGCUGUGAUUAUAUUUAGCAGCCAUACUUUAUGAACUUUUACAAAAUGUAUUGUUGAAAGUAAAAACUCCACUGUUACUAAAAUUGUCGCUGAAAUUUCUUUACGUUAACAAAAUCUGCUAACAUUAAAUGUUAUCCUAGUUGAAAAAACAUUGACCAAAUAAAUAUUAAAUGAAAAGUAUGAUCGGUAUGUAAACCCACACUUCUGUUUAUUAUAUGAAGAAAAGAGACAGAAAAACUAGUUACUAUUGAUUAAUAGCAGCAAUGGAUCGGUCAACACCUUCAAUUUCGAAAGAGUACAACGUUUUAAGUAUCUGGGGGCCGUGAUCACAGUUGACAACGAUGUUACUGAAGAAGCAAAAUACAGAAUCCAAUCGGCAAAUUGCCUAGCUAUUCGCACUGGAUAAGCUUAUAAAAUUAAACAAUAUUAUAAGAAGUUCAAAGGUAUGAGUUUUGCUAUCAGAAGAAACGAUAGAGGAGGCGAAGGAGGAGACGGAUGAUCGGAGAGCAAUAUGAGGAGAAAGAGGGCUGCCACAAAAGCUGCCUUAUAACCUAUAUUCGGAUAUAAAAGGAAUCAAGAAUCACAUGCUAGCAUGUAGAGAAGUGGAAGUCAACAAUAUACAUCCAUGAUGCUGUUAUAUUCGAAGUGGUAAUCGUUGACACCGUUUAAAUAACGCCAACAAAUAGAAAGUCGUAUAACUGUUAGAAAGACAGAAAAAAAAAAUAGUAACUGGAAAGGAAUUUGCAGAUAGAAUAAUUUUGCUGUCUGCUUGGCGUAUGGCUCGAACCAAGAAUCUAGUGUUUGAUUUUGACAGAAUUUUCUUUAAAUAAAGAUACAUUUCACUAUAGUCAAACGUCUGUUUGACAGCAAACAGAAAAUUCUAAGAGUAAUUUUAAGAAACUAAUCAAAUUGAAACAGUUUUAUGUGCUUUGCAAUUGCCUAACUCAUUGUAAACUAAAAAAAAAUGUAUAGAGAAACUGGCCUAUGAAAUUGAAUAUUGUUGAAUGUGGCAGCGACAGUCAGUAUUAUCCCAAGCGUGCCUGCACUAUCUUUCAGUGCUAUCAUUUUCGUUUCUAUUUUUUCUUCGGAAUUGUUUUGUAAUAAAUACUUAAAAAUGUGUGACAAAUAUUCCCCUUAAUAAUACUAAUAAUAAUGAAAUGUUAGAAUCUUUCGGUGUCAGUCCGUUCUGGAGACGUUAUAGAUCAGUAUGAAGUUGGUUUCUAAAACUGUUGACUUGUGGCAUGUUUAAGUUAAACGUUAUGUUUAUAUGAGAUUAGCCACAGUUAUGUUGUAAUGAUAAUUACAUGUUUACCUAAAAAUACUUAGGUUUUAAGUUUCACUCCGGAAAUCGUUAUCAAAAGAAAAUUAAAAGAAAGGGCCUAGCCGGGUAAGAUGAUGAAAACUGCCCCCAACUCGAUUCGAAUUACAUAUAGGUCACCGUUUAGCAUAUAUAGAGAAACUCACUUUCUAAAAUUUUUAGCCCCCUAGGUGGUCAUGUGACCCACCUAGAGCCUAAAGUCGGACUCAAACGACUCGUGUACUUGGCGAAUAAUCGUCACUUGCGUAUACUGGCAAUGCUGUGUGAGUGGGUUACUAGUACAAUUAUUGUACUAUUUGUCGAACACUAAUAAUAAUAAUGUUAAUACUACUAUUAAUUGUCAAAGAAUUGUUGUAGUAACCCUCCCAAAAGACAUAGUAAGUAACGCAAGUAACGAUUAUUCGCUAAGUACACAAGUCGUUUGAGUCCGGCUUAAUUAGGGGUUUUAUGUUUUUA